UCUCUCUCUCUCACACACACACGCAGAACUUACUCACUCAGUUACUCUUUCGUUCCCACAAGCAUAAACCCUCAUUUUUCUCAUAGAUAAAUUCACACCCUAAAACUCGUUAGUUCUCUAUCUAAUGUUUACUCAUCCUCGGAAUGCACUCAAACUGUUUGAAAAAAUUACCCACAGGCACAUUUGUUUGAGAAACUCCAUACAUUGCGUAAACUAUAGUUCUUUGCACAAUACUUAUGAAGACCCAGUUGGUUUUUAUGCUCAAAGAGAGAAUGUAGUAUCUUGGACAUCUAAGAUAUCCGGUUUGGUGAGGAAAAACCAGCCAAAUGAAGCUGUAGAGCUGUUCAAAAAGAUGCUUGAGAAUGAAGAAAGGCCGAAUUACGUGACGGUAUUAAGCGUAAUACGGGCUGUUGGUGCAUUGGAUUGGGAGGGUAUGAUGUGGGUAGUUCAUGCUUUGGUGAUCAAAAUGGGGUUUGAAUCAGAAGUGUCGGUGCUAACGGCUCUUCUUGGUUGUUAUUCCUUGUAUGAUAUGGGAAUUGUGUCGAAGUUAUUUCAUCAGAUACCUAGUAAGGAUGUAGUUUUAUGGAGUGCAAUGGUUUCAGCAUGUGUGAGAAAUAAGCAGUACUUUGAGGCAUUGGAGUUUUUCAGGGAUAUGCAAUGUCAUGGUGUGCAGCCAAACCAUGUGAGCAUUGUAAGCAUUCUACCUGCUUGUGCUGAUCUUGGUGUCUUGUCUUUAGGCAAAGAGAUACAUGGGUUUUCAAUAAAAAGUGUGUUUUAUUGUCUUAGAAGUGUUCAGAAUUCACUUGUAGAUAUGUAUGCAAAAUGUAGGAAUCUUGAGGCAUCAAUUCGAGUUUUUAAGGAUAUAUGGAAGAGGGACACAAUAUCAUGGAGGACUAUAAUUCGUGGGUGUAUUGAGAAUGAGCGUCCAAAAAAGGCAUUGUCUAUUUUCUUAAAGAUGCAAUUAUCUUGCUUUGAACCGAAUGAACCCAUUGUCAGGGAUAUAGUUAUGGCAUCCUCAAAGGCAGAAGAACAUAAAUUUGGGCUGGCAUUUCAUUGUUACAUUCUAAAACGGGGUUUCUUGGCUUUUGUUUCAGUUGGAACUGUACUUAUAAAAAUGUACAGUAAAUUUGGUGAGGAGGAGUCCGCUAGGACUAUAUUUGAUCAGCUCAAUCACAAAGACCUUAUAGCUUGGAGUGCAAUGAUUUCAGCUUAUGCUCAAGGCAGGAAUCCCCAUAAUGCUUUCAAUACACUUAACCAGAUGCAAUCAAUGAACGAGAAGCCCAACGAGAUUACUAUUGUCAGUUUAUUACAAGCAUGUUCCCCAAUUGGUUCUCAAGAGCUUGGGGAAAGCAUCCAUGCUCACGUUAUAAAAGCUGGGUACACAUUGAAUGCAUAUUUAACUUCAGCCCUCAUUGACUUAUACUGCAGGUUGGGAAGGAUAAAGCAAGGAAAGGCUCUUUUUGAUGAAAUUCCCACCAAAGAUUUAAUAUGUUGGAGUUCAAUGAUCAAAGGGUACGGGAUGAAUGGGCGUGGACCUGAGGCACUAAAAACAUUCUCGAACAUGUUGGAUUGUGGGGUAAAACCCAAUGACAUUGUCUUUAUUUCUGUAUUAUCUGCUUGUAGUCAAUGUGGGCUAGAAUAUGAAGGUUGGAGCUGGUUUCAUUCUAUGGAACCUAAGUAUGGCAUUACUCCCAAACUUCCACACUAUGCUUGCAUGGUGGAUUUGCUGAGUCGACAUGGAAAGAUAGAAGAAGCACUUGAAUUUGUAAGAAAAAUGCCGGUGAAGCCUGAUAAAAGAAUUUGGGGAGUUCUUCUUGGGUGUUGUAGAUUAACACACGGGUCUAUUGAGAUUGCAGAGUUUGUGGUUGAACAACUUGUUGCAUUGGACCCACAUAAUACUAGCCAUUAUGUGUAUUUAUCAGACUUGUAUGCAGAGCAGGGUAGAUGGGAAGAUGUGGAGAGGCUGGCUAAAUUAGUGGAUCAUAAACUCUUUUUCGUGGAAUCUAAUGCUCUGUCUGCGAAUGUCACAUGCCUCCAUACACACAUGGAAGGAGGGAUCCUUGAAAUAAUUCUUGUUAAUGCUGAAGGCAUUACACACACAAAUCUUGUUGGAACACCAGCCUACUACGUUAUCAUAGAAUGUGGAACUCACGUACAUAGAAGCAAAGUGUCAUCAGGUGAAGAUGAUAAGGCUUGGUGGAAUGAGAAAUUCACAUUUGAACGCCCAUUGUCUGAUUGGAAAAGAUUGACCCAUCUGAAGUUCAAAAUUAUGAACACAGAAUUCCUCAGUGAUGGUGGCUUUGUUGGCGAAACCAUAAUUCACCUUGGUGGAAUAAUUACAGAGGGAAGUGACAGAGCUUUCCUAGAAGUAAAACCGGCUCCAUAUAAUGUGGUGCUUGAAGAUGACACCUACAGAGGCCAAAUAAAAAUUGGGUUUAAGUUCAUUGCAAAUAAAGAAGGGCAUGUAAUAAAGACAAGAGAGUACAUUGCAGAGGAGAAGGAACCAAGAAAAUCAAUAUGUAGUGCGUUUGUGAAAUUAUGGUGGAGUUCCUUAUUUUCCUGUAAACAAAGUGAUCACUCCGAAAAUAAGCAGAAGGAAAAUUAGGUGGAUCAUAAAUCCUAAUCAAUAAUAUAGAUGAUAGGGACUUUAAUUUCUGGUGGAACCAAUAUU